GUCUGCUGCCGCUGCUGUUGCGGUCAGGCAAAAUUUGUUUUCUGUUUUGCAUUCUUCUCGUCUUGCCAUUUGUUCUCUACAAAGCUGCAAAUGAAUAGCUAGCAAUUUAGAGUUUCUCCCCAACGUUUCGAAGAAAAAAGAAGCGUGACUGGGAUGGUAGUAUGGAGGGAGACGGUCACCAAGAAGAAGAGGGCUUAACCAUCAAUGUCCAGCCUUCUGCAAGUGACUCAGCCCAAAACCUGGCAACAUCUCUAUCUCUUUUGGGAAAUCACAUGUUUCCUGAGGCAGUGGAGAAAAGAGAAAGCAAUGGAGUCAACAUGGAGGGUGCUGCGGAUUCAGACACAUCAAGUAUUGCAACAGAAGAGCCUCAGACUGAAGCAAAACCAAGCUCAGACCAGGUAACAAAUGCAGAAACGGACAGCAUAUCAAACACUGAGGAUGCUGCUACAGACAAUAGCCAAAGCGACUCAGGGGAGUUUGUUGUAACGAUGCUGGCUAAGGCGAAACUUGAAGAGCAGGGUUUAGGGGUGAAAGGUCGGUCGUCUCCCCUUUUGGAAGCAGGGACCCAAGACAUACCGGCCUAUAUGUCUCAUCGUGAAGAGGAUGUGACUGCAGAGAGCUGGAGACAGCACAGGAAGCAUGUUUUUGUGCUGAGUGAGGCGGGGAAACCAAUCUACUCUCGGUAUGGAAGUGAAGAGGCGCUCUCGUCCACAAUGGGAGUCAUGAUGGCCUUGGUGUCUUUUGUGCAAACCAGUGACAACAUCAUUCGCUCUGUCUAUUCAGAUGAGCACACUGUGGUAUUCCUACAAAAGGGGCCAUUAGUUCUGGUCUGUGUCUCCUGUACUCGUCAGUCUGAACAACAGCUUCGGGGAGAACUCAUGUACGUCUACUAUCAGAUCAUCAGCAUGCUCACCCAGGCCAGCAUCUCACGCAUUUUUGAGCACAAGAAGAACUACGACCUCCGGAGACUCUUGGCUGGUUCUGAGAAGAUCCUGGAUGGUCUUCUCAAUUUAGUGGACUCGGACCCCAGUUUUUUGCUUGGAGCAGUACACUGUUUGCCCCUUGCUGCCUCUCUCAGGGACUCUUUAAGCCAGAUCUUGCAGAAAGCUAUCACGUCUAACCUCGUCUUCUCCAUUCUCAUUGCAAAGAACCAGUUGCUAACUAUUGUCCAAGAAAAAACUGUGAUUGAAGAUGCCAGAUUAGAGCCAGCAGAUGUCCACCUUUUGUUAAAUCUCAUUGGGGCAUCUUCUGCUUUCCAGGCUGGAGAAAUAUGGACUCCAAUUUGCCUCCCAUUAUUUAACCCUGACUGUUAUUUUUAUGCAUACAUUUCCUACCUGGACCCUCCCGAAUGCACUGUUUGCCUAUUGCUGCUCUCGACAGACAAGGAAGCUUUCUAUGCUGUAGCAGAGUGUAAGAGGAAGAUCGAGGAAGCCAUGACGGCUCAGAACUCACUGAGCCUCAUAGACAAAGCGCAGUCCUACAGUGUGAGCCAGGUGGGAGUUUCAGACCUCAGACACUUCAUGUACAAGCCCUUUGAUGUGCCAGACAACUACCGCCAGCUCUCUCAGUUCACCAGCCCAGAGAUGGAGGCCCCAUACAGCAGUGAAGAGGAAAAGACCAGACUACUGGACCUUUACCGAUACAUGCACAGCCGCAUCCACAGCACCUCGAGACCCCUCAAACUCAUUUACCAUGUGGCAGAGAAGGAGACCAUGCUCGCCUGGGUCACAAGCAAAUUUGAGCUCUACACUUGCUUCAGUCCUCUGGUGACCAAGGCCUGUGCCAUUACCGCAAUCACCAAACUUUUACGGUGGAUCAAAAAAGAAGAGGACCGCCUCUUCAUUCGGUACCCCCCAAAAUAUUCAACCACUCCCAACCCCAGCAAGAGCUCUCGAAGCAGCAAAUCAGACCAGCAAGACUCCACGGACAAUGGCUUCCUAUCUCUCCUAUGAAAGUCUUAUUCUGAUGCCCAUUGGACUUUGCAGAUGACAGCAAUCCAACACUAAUUUUAACUAUUUAAGAAACAAAGUAUCUAGUGUUGUAAUAUAAUAUGAAGGCAUGCUAAACCAUCAUGGCUUUCAAUUUAAAAUGGUCAGGCAAAAGUAGGACUGCAAGUAAAUAGUUUGUUUUAAAUUGAAUUGUGGUAGAGACAUCACAAUAGUAUUUAAAGUUUUUAUAAUGUUUUAUUACUGCAACUAGACAUUUUCUUACAAAUGAUGAAUGUAUUAAGAGGAUUUAAGACUUUUGAUGGAAUUCAUUGUUUCUUUGUGAAAAAAAUGUGAAAAAACAAUUUUAGAUGAGGCAAAACCACUACUGUCCAUUAACCCUGUCUUUUGUCCGCUAUUCAGAAUCUAUGGACAAACCACUAGUGACCUAGGACUUUAUAAAGUGUUUCUUUGUUUGACAUAUCCGGAAAAACAACUGGAACUGGCAGAGCAGGCAUGUGUCAUGUGCUUACAUACAGUUGCCCAAUAUUUGAACAAGAUGGUUUGCUCAUCGCUCAUUCACUUUGGAUAGACUGGGUGUGUACACAAAUUGGGUAAAAAAUGGGAGGAAAUCCAGUUAGCUCAAUGUGGUCAUUGUUAUUUGUCAAAAUAAUAUCACUUCAUACAGUGAAUACAAGUACAACUGUCAUAUGACUUGUAGCAUAUAAAGUCAUAGUUUUGGGAAACUAGUUUUGCAAAGAUUGUCUAUAAGAUGUGAUAUUAAGAAAAUCUAAGUAUUAAGGACAUCUCUACAGUAUGAAUAAAACAAUCCUGGUUGCAGCCA